AUGUCGGCGACGACUCGCGCAACAAAGCCGGCCCUCUCCUUUGUCCAGCUCCAAGUGCGGCGGGAGGCCAUCCUGUCCGCGCUUAUUCUCGUCGCGGCCCCUCUUCUGCUACGGUGGUGGGCGAGGAGGGAGGCGGAGCACCACGACACGCUGGAGUGCCGCAACGUCGUGCAGACGUACCUUAUAGCGUCCAGCGGGUGGGCGUGCGCGGUGCUAGCAGCGGUAGCGGGCAAGCCAAUAUCUGCCGUUGUGCUUCAGGCGGCGUGGAGGGCGGCGGCGGCGCGGUCGCUCUGGACGUGGUCCGACCUGGGGAGGGGGCUGAUCAGGACCCCCGGCUGGCUUCACGCCUCCGUGGCAUGGUGGCGGGGGGCGGCAACCCUUCUUGCCGGCGCCGGCGCAGUGACGAGGAUCCUGGGGCUGCUCAUCGCCAUGACGGGGACUUGGACAGCGACGACCGCGGCGGGCGCAUUGUGUGCCCCGACCCUCGACUUUCUUCCCGCUGGGCUGGUGAGAUGGGCAUCUACGCCGGACGACAACUUCGGCCUCAGCGCCGCGCAGCUCGUGCUCGGGGUGGGCAUGUACGCGUGGAUAGCCUACUACGCGUGCUUCUUCCUGCCCUACCGGGUGCUGUACGAGGAGUACCAGAGCUACGAGCGCCGCACGGCACAGGUCGUGAGGGACAUGGGGAACGGCCCGGAGCAGGACGUGAUGCUGUCCACCAAGCUGGGUCCGCAGCUUCCGAGACAGCUGCUGAGACGGAUGGCGAAGAUGCCGCCAGGCGACGACCGGGAUGUACUCGAGGCGGCCGGCAUCGUGAGGCAGAAGGCGGGCUCACACACGGUCGUAAAGGCCGCGAAGAGCGUGAAGAACAAGGACGGAAAGGUGGGCGUCAAGAUGCUGGCGCUCAAGUUCGGCGACCUAAGGUACUGGGGUUCGGACCUGUUCGAGCGCUUCGAGCAGCAGUUGAGGCGGGAUAAGAAGACAGGGAGAAAGUCGCCGGACGCCCCGGGAUCGGGGCCGAACAGAGAGAACAGGAUGACCUACUCCAAGAUUCGGCGAGAGGUUAAGGUGGAGCUUGGCAAGACCGACGCGGAGAUGAACAGCGACCCCUCGCUGUCGAUGUCCAACCUCAUGACCUUCGACCCUGAUGCGGAAGACGGGGACCCUCCCGAGCUAGUCAAGCAGGAGCGACCUGGUAGCAUCGACGCCGGCGGGGAGAACCUUCGCAUGAAGAGCGGCCACGAGAAGGUGGUCACGACGGACUCGACGCCGGCCGACAUGGCGAGAGCGGCGGGCGUGCCGCCCGCCGCCGCCGCCCCCGCCGCCCCGGAGGUGGUACGCAGCACCGACAAGGUUUCGUACAAGAUCGGCGAUAGCGCGGGAAAAGCUUUGGAAGACUCCAUCCGAUCAAUGUCGUCGUCAUCGCCGCCUGGGCGGGGGGCGCCUGAGAAGAUGACACCGGCCACCGCGACGCCUGGUUUCGCAGUCUCCGAAAAGCAACAACGUCAAGUCUCGACGGGGAAGCAGGCUGACGUUGUCGCCGUCGGUGUUGAUUCGCCGCCGAAGGGGUCGAAGAGCGGUUCAGGUACCGGUUCGGGCUCGGACGAAGACUCGGGCAAGGCCAGAGGCGAGGAGCAGGUUUCCCGACGCACCGGCGCCAUCAGCGAUAAGUGCGAUGAUAUCGCAAGUUUGGCGAUGGAGUUUUCGAUGCGAUCAGGCGGCUCGUCGGCGAAAAAGAAUGCCACCGACACUUCGGCGCCGCCGCCGCCGUCGCCGCGGGGGCCGCCGCCGCCCACAGCGCGCGACCUCUCGACGGUCUCUCACAUGCAGAGCUUCGUUCUUGCUCACGAGCUGUUCUUGGAGUACUCGGUGAUCGUUUCGGACUGUUUCCCCACCCUCACGUAGCGCUGUGCUGCGGGCAUUUAUGAUUCCCUUGUGCUGCCUGCCCCUCGGGAGCCCGCGAGUUGGUAUCUACCAUAUCUUUUCCGCACGAGCCACACGUCGGGGAGGCGUUGCCGGAAGGGGGUUAACGAUGCGCCUUGACCGGUAUCUGUGCUUGAGUUCCGCUCUUUUGUCGUGAGUGAAGAUAUUCUACUGGUGGUCUCUUGCGUACGAUGGCAUAUUCCCCUUCAAACUAGUGGGGGAACGAGUGGAGGAGGGAUCUGGUUGACAACAGGCCGGGCAUCGAGGACGCCUCGGCGUUUUCCGCGGGUUGGACCAUUCGGAAGAGAUCAGGCAGGGUUGUACAGGGCGGGAACGUAAGUUGUUGAAAUCAUUCUCCUUGGCGUGGUUUAGUUUUUCAUGUCAACGUACGAAAAGGUUUUGUUUAUUUUUUUCGCAGCGUAUCACCUGAAACAGCAGGGCCAACCAUGAGGUUGCGGAACCUCGCAUCCUUGCACACUCAAAAGUACACCGUUGCGAAUUGCUGUGCAUACAAGUCUACACCGACUUCAGCCCCACGUCAUAUAUUUACAUGUAUCGAAAAGAAGUUACUUUGAUCACUCG